AUGCAUAUGGCGACGUCAACGAUAUAUGAUCUUAUGGCCAAGGACCCCAGCAAAGCACUGAGCAAUUCCCGGUUGCUUCUCUUGCUGUCAGUCAACAACGCUGACAAGGCCCCCAAACCGGCGGCGUUUGACAAGCGGCUGGCCAUGAUGUGGGCCUUUGCUUGGGAUUUCCAACGGGCUAUGCGACAGGAACAGCGGCGUGUUGACGGGACAGGGCCAACGUCGGGUGUUAGCAUUGACGUCGAUUUGGGUCUAUGCACCUUACCGUAUUUCCACGCCAAGAGCGCGGCCAUUGCCGAGUCCACUUUCUACUCUGGAAAAUAUGGAGAGAAACACGAUGAAGGCAAGGAUAACACCGAAACUAUGGAACAGAUAUUCCUUGUCGGCUACGAUACGUUAAUUCGCAUUUUCAAUCCUAAGUAUUACGGUCCUGUUGAGACCAUCGCCCAGCUUACCACGGUUGGUCAAUCACCGAUGCAGAAAGCACUUGGCCCGUUCUUUGCUCGGUCUAGGCUGCGAGUCACAAUGCGGACGGAUGACGAAUGGGGAGGAAUGGAAGAGCAAAUCGCUUAUGUAGAAGAUCUCAUGAAAGAAGAUGGGCUGUUGCAGAAAGUUGGAGGGGCCAGGGACUGGGUCAACAGAAUUGACAUGGUUGAGGGUCUGAAGGCUGGUACCGAUGUCAUCAGUAGCACGUAUGCGCGGGCAGCAGCAAAGUACCAAGAUGCAAACAAGCUGGAUUUAAUGGUAACUCCUGAGGUAAGGUGGUGGAUUGAACAUGAGUCUUUAUACCAAGAGUGA